GCAGAUCCAAUCAUGGCGGGAUCUCACAACGGCCUCGACUCUGAACUGUUGCGCGCGCUGACCUAAGGGCGACGAGGCCCGCGUGGAGGAGCUAUUGGCCCGAGAAAACGAUGGCCACUCGCGAACGGACGGCGGAGUGGCGGUAAACGUCCAGCUGGGAGCGGCGACGACUGGAGCAGAGGCGCCACUGCCGUCGCCGCGGCAGAGGGAGGCAGCAAGCGGCCUCCUCGGCGUGACGCGCAGCGGGAGCACGGCGCUCCACCUGGUCGCCAGCCGCGGGCACGCGGGGCUCGCGAGGCGCGUCUGCGAGCUGGCGCCCUCGCUCGUCGCCACGCGCGACGGGGGCCUCGACACGCCGCUGCACCGCGCGGCAAUGGCCGGGCACCGCGAGGUGGCGGCCUGCCUCCUGUCGGCGAUGCGCGCGGGCGGAGCAAGCGCCGACGCGUUGCGGGCGAGGAACGGGCUGGGCGCCACGGCGCUGUACGAGGCCGUCCGGAACGGCCACGCGGAGACAGUGGUCCUGCUGGCGACGGAGGCUCCCGAGCUGGCCGCGAUGACGACGGACGGCGGCGUCUCGCCGCUGUAUCUGGCGGCGAUGACCGGCUCCGUGGAGAUGGUCCGCGCGCUGCUUCGUCCGGCGCCUGACGGGACACCGUCGCUGGCAUCGUUUGCCGGACCAGAGGGACGGACUGCUUUGCCUGCCGCGGCGUCCAAAAGCAAAGAAAUCGUUCAAGAAAUCCUGGAAUCAGAACAGGGUCUGGCAUUGCUGCCCAGAGCUGAUUUAUCGGGGAAAACUCCUCUCCACUAUGCGCUGCUGUCGCACAGGCAACACGGCGUCGUCUCGCUGCUCCUAAGUGCAGAAGCUUCACUAGCGCGUGUCUCCGACAACGAAGGUUUGUUUCCAGUGCAUGUCGCCGCCAUGAUGGGGAACGUUAGGAACAUCGUUGAGCUUGUAGAGAGAUGCCCUGACUUUGCAGAAUUUGUAGAUCGCCGGCGAAGGAAUUUCUUGCACUGUGCAAUUGAGCAUAAUCAGGAAGGUGUGGUUCGAUUCAUUUGCCGAGAUGGCAUGUUUGCUAUCCUGCUGAAUGCCAUGGAUUACGAAGGAAACACCCCGCUCCAUUUGGCCGUCAAGUAUGGGCAUCCAAGGAUGGUCAGUUUUCUGCUGCAGACCAUGAGCGUGGAGGUAGGCAUUACCAACGUGGAUGGUCUAACGCCUGCAGAUCUUGCUUACAGUCAUUUGGAGCCUGGUUUACACUAUUUCCUGAAUCCUCGAGCCGUAGUGAAGAACUGUUUGUACUGGACAAGAGCACCGGUCACAGGAGAGGAUCAUGUCCGUCUGCACAGCAGGAUGAGUACGACCACAACGCCGGCUAUGGACGAGGACCCCAAGGACAUCGACGGCAUCACGGCGACCGCAACGAUCGCGUCCGUGCUGAUCGCCACCGUCACGUUCGCGGCCGCGUUCACCGUGCCGGGGGGCUACGUCGCGGACGACCACCCGCGUGCGGGCACGGCCGUGCUGGCCAGGCGGUUGGCGUUCCGGGCGUUCGUGGCGUCGGACACCAUGGCGUUCCUCUGCUCCAUCGUCGCCACAUGCUUCCUCGUCUACGGCGGCGCGGGGCAGGUCCCACGAGGCCAGCGCCGCCUCUACCAGUAGUCGGCGUCGGGGCUCCUGCCGCCCGGCGCGCAGCUCAUGGUCGCCGCGUUCGCGUUCGGGAUCCACGUCGUUCUCGGCGAGGACAACCGGUGGCUGGUAACCCUGGUGUACGUGCUCGCGCUGGCCGCGGUGCUCCUCUGCUUCCCGGGCAUCUGGGCGCCCUUCUACCUCGGGAAAGCCAUCUGGCGACGAGCCGGAUGGAGAGGGCUCAUCAAUGUGCACCGGCGUCCCGCGAGCUUGGAAGAGUUCUUCUGGCUUUUCAUCACGAGCUUUCUCUUCAAAAAUCUGAUGCGCCCUUUGUUUGCGGUGCUCAUCACGGUCACAUUUGCUGUGUCCAUCGCCCUCAACAUCGCUUUGCCGGACUACUGACUGGGCACAUCUUUCAUUAAGACUAAUGAUUAUGAGGAAGGACAUAACUACAGAUGUAAAGACAUUGAGCAAUUUUAGGCUCGUCUCAAUAUGAGAUUUCACCUUUCAAUUUCCAA